AAGAAGCUGGAGUAUGACAAUGACAGGAGAAUAAAAAAAUAGAGAGAGAGAGAAAAAAAAUGAAAAGAUGACGUAUAAGUUGAGGAAAUUACUGUAGAAAAUAUAUGAAAAUAUGUAUACAUUAUUAAAUGGUUUAUAUAAAUAUCUUGUACAAAAAGACGAAUAUUUUAUACUAAUUUUGGGACUGGACAAUGCUGGGAAAACUACUUACUUGGAGGCGGCAAAAACAAAAUUUACGAAAAAUUACAAGGGAAUGAAUCCGAAUAAAAUAACAACAACUGUGGGACUUAAUAUUGGCAAGAUAGAUAUAGAUGGAGUGAGACUCAAUUUUUGGGACCUUGGUGGACAGGAAGAGUUGCAAUCAUUGUGGGAUAAAUAUUAUGCAGAAUCACAUGCAGUUAUUUAUAUAGUAGACUCUUCAGAUAGGGAACGAAUCCCAGAUUCCAAAGAAACUUUUGAUCGUGUGAUAUCUUCAGAGCAUUUAACAGGAGUACCGCUUCUAGUAUUAGCAAACAAACAAGACAUUCUUGAUUCAAUGGGAACAUGUGAAGUAAAACCAAUUUUUAAUAAAAAUGCUCAUUUAAUCGGCCGGAGAGAUUGUAUGGUGAUGCCAGUGUCUGCUUUAAAAGGAGAUGGAGUAGACGAAGGAAUUCACUGGCUCGUCGACUGCGUAAAAAGAAACAGCGAUGUGCGUCCCCCUCGUAAUCAGGACGACAACGACUUAUCUUAAAACAGAUUUAUAUUUAUAAAAAAAAGAUAAAACAAAUAAAAAUAAUAAAUAAUAUA